AUGCAUAAAAUACCUUUUAUCGCAAAUAUGCAAAUGCUGCAGAUAUAUAUGAGAUUCCCCUAUAGAAUGCUGCAGAUAUAUAUGAGAUUCCCUUAUAAAACGCGGCAUAUAUAUAUAUAUAAUUCCCUUAUAAAAUGCUAUUUAUGGAUACUAGAUUUCUUAUCUCAACUAUUUAGCACAAAUUUUCCCAUAAAUAAAGGAAAUCAAAGCUAUUUUAGCAUUCCCAGCAAAGACGGAAUUCAAAACUAUGGAAAUACGUGCUACUUGAACUCAGUGCUACAAAUUUUAGCAAGCACCCCAGAAUUUUCUGAUUGCUUAAUUCCAGAUUCGGAUUUUUCCAAAACUCUAUUAUCCAUCAUGAGAAUGGUAAAUAGAAACUCUCAUGCCAAUUUCAAGCCAAAAAUUGAUUUUCUAUUAAAGUUAAUUUAUCGAGCUUAUUCAAAUGUAUUUUCUAUAUAG